AUUUGGGAAGAGAGACGCCGACAAGACCAAGACUCGACUGCGAUAGAUUCGCUGCUGCUACUGCUUAGACUUGCUGAACUAGCUAUUGACUGCUGCUAUAUCCACUAGGCUGUUAUGUUCAGCAGUAAAAGGCAAAAGCUCAAGCUCACAGCCAGUAGGCGCAACUUUGCCCAGGAAAUUGCCAGAGAAACAGACUACCCUACCAGGCUCUCCUUCUACACAACCCCGCCUCUCCAAGAAAUCACAGUCGAAGACUUCCAAACAUGGGCUAUCGACAGGCUUCAUGUGUUGGGUGAAAUUGAGUCCGCCAUGUACCGCAACAAAACCCCUGCCGAGCUCAAAACAGUCAUGGCAGAUUUGGUAGACAAGUACCUGCCACUUGCCUCUGACAGUACGCGACACGCAAAAGGCGACCAUCUCGAUGCAGAGCGUCGAAAGGAUCACUACUCACACUUUAUUCUGCGUCUUGCCUUUUGUCGCUCUGAAGACUUGCGCGCGCGUUUUAUUCGUACAGAAUCCGCACUCUUCAAGUAUCGAUUUGGGUUGGAGGAUGGACCUGCCACGACAGCCUUUAUCAAGAGCUUGGAUCUCGACUGGCAAGCUGUCUCUGAAGCAGAGGUAGCACAACUCCACGAUAAACUUCUUGCAGCAAGCGGUGCACGAUCUAUUGACCAUGAAUCCUACUUCAAAGUAGACUGGACGCGAGUCGCCGAUCUCGUCGCCAUGCGCCGUGUGUUCGUCAAGGGAGGUCUAGCCUAUGUUCCCGUCUCUGAACAACUCUCCCUCAUCGCUGCUGAAUUCUCCACAAAACUCGCAGCAGCGUUGGAAAUGACAGCACGCGCCAUACCGCGUCUCGAUGAAGAUGAUCGACUCUUGCCCAUCCUCACGCAUUUAUCCAAGGGAUUCACGGCGCCUGAGUAUACGGCAUCAGGCGACUUCGAUGGGACUGCCGUGACAGCUGCACAGGUCCCGAGUCUUUUGCAACAUUUCCCACUUUGUAUGCGUAAUUUGCACGAUAACCUCACGCAUGCGCAUCAUCUCAAGUACUGGGGCAGACAACAAUAUGGAUUAUUCCUCAAAGCCAUUGGUCUCAGUGUCGAGGAAUCCCUCAUCUUUUGGCGACAAUCCUUCAAGCAGAUAACGGAUGAAAAGUUCACAAAGGAGUACAGGUACAAUGUCCAACACAUGUACGGACUUGUUGGUGGACGCAAGAGUUAUCGUCCAAUGAGCUGUCAACAGAUCCUAACAGGUCCGAAUCCUGGUGCUGGCGAGUGUCAUGGAUGUCCUUACAAGCACUUCAACAAGGACGCACUCAAUGCUUCUCUUGCAAAGAUUGGUAUUAGCGAUAGCAAGACGCUCAAGGAGGUUCAUGAGUCGGUGGCGUCCAAGCACUACCACGUUGCGUGCACAAAAGUGUUUGAAGCGACGAACCCGAAUGUGCCAUUGAAUGAGAGCAUCUCACAUCCAAACCUCUACUUUGAGAAGAGCUCAGGACUAGGCAAAGAUUCGACAACUCAGGCGAUCGCGGCAGAGGUAGCACAAGGUGGCGAGCCCAUGGCAGCGGAUUGAGCGACGGUUGCAGUCAUAUGUCUAUAAAUCUUUUUAAAGCAUGAGAUGGACAGGCGACUCGAUAUAUUGAGACACGCGGUCGAGGUAGAUGGACGCGGUGCGUGGAUUGAUUGACCCUUCCCUGAAGUGCAAGCUGGCAACAACACUUGAGCGACUCGUUGAUUGCAUUGCUUGCGAGGGAGCUGGCAAUGGCUUGUCAGCCAGGAAAUCCAGGAUGUCGUAGUUUGCAGGCGCUGAGGCGAGGGGAUCUUCGACCUGAACAGCUUGCAGGGAGAGGAUGCCAUCGAUAUUGGCUUGUUC